CCAAAGUCUACGGGCGCAAACCUCCAAGUCAAGAAGUCUCUCCCCUCCUUCGUUCCCUCCGUCCCCUCCUCCCAUUCCUUCUGAACCCGCCUUCCCUUCCUCCUGCUUCCCCAAACCCUCGUUUCCAAUUUCCCCUGCCGACCUUCCUGUUCCGCGAUGGAAGAUGUGAAGGACAAGAUGAAGGGCCUCAUCAAGAAGGUCAACAACCCCUUCUCCUCCUCCCCUUCCUCCAAAUUCAAAGGCCAAGGACGAGUCCUCGGCUCCUCCUCAUCCUCCUCCUCCUCCUCCGCCUCCGCCUCCACCGCCGGAUCCUCUCCGUCCUCCUCCGCCGGCUCCGCCGCCGCCUCCCGUCUCCUCCAACCCCCGCCCAUCCUCCCCCCCUCCCGAUCCCUCCCCAAGUCCUCCCUCCAAUCCGUCCCCAAACCCUCCGAGCCCAAUCCUUCCACCGAAUUCAGCCCCUUCGACCCCCUCAUUUCAUCUGGACGCCAGCUUGUCAAUGGUUCGAUCCAGUCCUCUGUCAAUUCCUUCGACUGCCCCGUCUGCGCUCGCUCCUUCCCCUCGGAGGCCGAUGUCGCCGCCCACAUCGAUGCCUGCCUCACCCAAGAUGCCGCGACCGCUUCACUGGGAAAUGGCGUCGUGGCUGAGCGUGUCUCGGCUUUCUUGUCUGCCGUCCCGGCGGAUGGGGCGGUGGAGGUCGUGCUGAAGCUGCUGAGGAAUGUCGUCCGGGAGCCGGGGAAUGAGAAGUUUCGAAGAAUAAGAAUGGGCAAUCCGAAGAUUAAGGAGGCAGUCGGCGAGGUAAAAGGAGGUGUGGAGCUGUUGGAGUGUCUGGGGUUUGAGCUUGGAGAGGAAGGGGGUGAGGUUUGGGCUACAAUGCCGGCCCCAGCAGAGGAGCAGCUUGCGGUGGUCAGACAAGCAGUGUCAUUUUUGGAAAGGUGGAAGUCACAGGAUUCUAAUCCUACAUCGGCUGAGACAUUGGGUACAGUAGUGGAGGGUUUGGAUGAGCAGAAGAUUGACCGGCAGGUAGUUUCUUGAACAUAUAUUUUCCCUGUAUAACUUUUCUUUACGGAGUUUUGGAAUCUUUAGCUACAUUUGGUUGCAGCAUUUGAUAUUUCCUGGAUACUGAUAAUAUGGUUUUACUUCUACUUGGAGAA